AUUGCAAUACUAAUCAUAGAUUGUACAUGUGUGCCAAAUUUAAACUUGCUGCUGAUAAUGACAAGGGUCAAUUUGUUAAAAAACAUAAGUUAUGCAUUGUUUGUUUGAAUGCGCAUGGUGGUAAAUGCAAGCUGCGUUUGAAAUGCUCAAUCUGUCAGCAAUGGCACAAUACGCUUCUGCAUGGUGUGGAAAUGGCUAAGAUGGAGGCGAGCAAUGUCGCCACUGCCAGUUCUUCUGCCGCAGUGCCCUGUGCUGAUGUUGGAAGGUCUGACAGGGCAGUAGCUAUGUUAAGUACCUCGCCUGUGAAGGAUGUGCUGCUACCUACCGCUAUAGUGCGUAUUAUCACCAAAAAUGGUACAUUUAUCCAUGCACGCGCUUUGCUGGACACGGGUAGCCAGGUAUCUUUUAUUACAGAAAAGCUUGCUGAUCAAAUUGAUUGCAAGAUUACACCGGCAAAUCAGCUCAUAACAGGUAUUCUACAAGGCACUAGUAAUAUGCACCAGAGGGCAAAUUUUGAUAUUUAUGCUGCUAAUAGUAACUUUAAAUUAGCCUUAAACUGUUAUAUAGCUAAGAAUAUAACUUGUGAACUGCCACAACAGAGUUUUUAUAAUGUUGGGUUUAAUAUUCCUUCGCAUGUCUAUUUGGCAGAUAAAAACUUUAAUAAAACUGGUGAAAUUUCUUUGUUAUUAGGGUGUGAUGUAUUUUUCCAGGUGCUUCAGAGGGAAUCACUGCCUCUAACGCCGCAAGGUCCCUACCUGGUUAGUACCAGCCUAGGUUAUAUUGUAGCAGGCAGCCUACCAGUAUCCGUUGGAAACAUCCAUUCUUCAAAUUUCUGUGUAACAGUUCAAGGUACCCCCCAUAAUAUUUCUCAUAAUUCUCAUAAUGAUCAACUUGAUAGUAUUGAACAUACUAUUUCAAAUUUUUGGAAAUGUGAAAAAGUACCUGAAAUUUAUAAAGAAGGUAUUACUGAACAUCAACUAGCUGAGGAAUGUUUUCAAAACUCUGUCAAACUUGUUGAUGGAAAGUUUUGUGUAGAUUUACCUUUAAAACUUAAUUUAAACGAUAUCCAGAUGGGUAACUCAUUUAAUCAGGCAUUGCAUCGUUUUCAUAAUUUAGUAAGGCGUUUCGCUAAAGAUGAUAAGUUAUAUCAACAGUAUAAGAAGUUCAUUCAUGUUUAUCUUGAGCAAGGCCAUGCCAUGUACUUUGAUAUAUCUAACUAUGAUCCUAGGGCAGGUAAUGUGUAUUUCUUACCUCACCACCCAGUCAUUAAUUUAAAUAGUAAAACUACUCCGGUUCGAGCUGUCUUUGACGCGAGCAUGAAAACCAAUAAAGGUAUUUGUCUAAAUGACAUGAUGCUUAAUGGGCCUGUUGUGCAAAAUGAUUUAUUUGAUAUUUUGACACUAUUUAGGAGUUUUAAAUAUGUUUUACUGUGUGAUAUAAAGGCUAUGUAUAGGGGUAUAUUAGUGAGUAAAGACCAUUGCUGCUUGCAAAAUAUUCUUUGGCGAGAUUCUGUUGAUCAAAGUGUGCAAUGUCUUCAGCUACAAACUGUCACAUAUGGUUUAAAGAGUUCUGCAUUUUUAGCAACUAGGUGUUUGAUUGAACUUGCUGAACGGUACCAAGAGAAGUAUCCAUUAGCAUCUUUUGUGUUGAAAUAUUCUACAUAUGUCGAUGAUGUUUUAUGUGGUUCCAACGAUAUUUUAGAGCUUGUUGAGAUAAAAAGGCAACUUAUUGAGCUUUUGAACUUAGCUAGUUUUUCAUUACACAAGUGGUGUUCAAAUAACACUGAAAUAUUAGAUGACAUUCCUAUAGAAAUUCAUCAAUUAAAUAAAGAGGAUUUUGAUAAAACAAAUACUUUUGUGAAAACUUUAGGCUUGUCAUAUGAUGUGACUUCUGAUACUUUAAGUAUGAAGUGUCCAAGCGCUGAAAUACAAAAACCUUCUACUAAGAGACAAAUGUUAAGUUUUAUUAGCAAAUUUUUUGAUCCUUUGGGUUUGGUAGGUCCUAUUUUGGUGCAAGCUAAAUACUUAAUGCAACAAGUCUGGUUUGAAAAGUUAAAGUGGGAUGAUAUUCUCCCUGAUGCUUUAAAUAAAAAAUUUCUUCAAUUUGUUGAAGGUUUGAUGAAUAUGUCUUGUAUAUCUGUUCCUAGAAAUAUCAAUGUAUAUCCACAUAAAAGGCUAGAGUUAGUUGGUUAUGCUGAUGCAUCUAAUAUUGCACAUGGGUGUUGCCUUUAUUUGAGAGUAGUCAGAGAUGAUAACACUGUAAAUGUUAACCUUUUGUGUUCCAAGUCUCGUAUUAAUCCUAAGGAUAAAACGUUAACUAUUCCUAGACUUGGGUUCAAUAGUGCUUUGUUGUUAGCCAAGUUGGCAAGAAAAGUGCAUGAUACUUUAGCAUUAAAAUACAUAUAAUGAUAUUCCUAUUUACUUAUAUUUAGAUUCAAAGAUUGUUUUAUCAUGGCUUAAGAUUGAGUUUGUAAAACUAACUGCUUAUGUUGCUAAUAGAAUAGAAAAAAUCAAGCAGUUAUCAAAAGAUGUACACUGGGACUAUGUCAGCACCAACGACAAUCCUGCUGAUUGCUUAUCUCGCGGUCUUAAACCAGAUCAGUUAAUCGAAAACUCAUUGUGGUUUCAUGGUCCACAGUACUUGCAAAACAGUGAAUAUGUUCAUGAUAAUUCUCAGAUAAAUACUGAUGUUUCUGAUACUUCUGAGCUCAAUUUGAUUCCUUCAACAUGUAAUACUUUAAUUAAAUGUAAGGAAAAUAAUUUGUUUUAUAGUUUUAGGUAUUCUAAUUUAAGUACAAUGUCUAGAAUAAUGGCUUAUGGCUUUUAUAGUCUGAUAAUGUAUCUCCAUUGAACUGGCCUGUAGGUAGAAUUGUAAAGGUCAUUCCAGGAAAAGAUGAUUAAGUUCGUGCAGUGGAGGUAAAAACUAGCAAAGGUCACGUUGUAAGAACAAGUGUUAUGAAAGUGUGUCCAUUACCUAUUGAGUAUAAUUAAUGGACCUACUCUUUAAUUUUAAAGUAAGAAUUACUCCUGAGUUUAGUUUAUCUUUAAUUUCUUUACUAAUCCAUUUGGGUAUUUAUUUUAAAUGUUUAGCUUUAUGAUGAGUUUAGCUUGUGGCUGAGGCCCCAGCAUGUUCAUGACAUAUAAAACCUCAUUGGAGGAUGUAUUUAAUUUUAAUUUUUUCUAAAAUGUCAAGAACAAAAGAAAUGAAUGUCACUCUGUACAAAUUUUUCCCUGUGAGCACGUUUAUAUAACUUCUUCUAAAUUAAUAAAAGUAUUGUUACAUAUUUACACCA